GUCGUCGUCGCUCUCGAGAUUAUUUCUUUGGGAUUUGAGUAUUUUUUCGGUUAUCUUCCGAACGGCGAAGUAAAAACGAGAAAACGGGAAAACCAUCAAUUUACGCGUGCCCCUCAAGUCAUAAUUUUUCGGUUCGGAGAAUCAUUUUGCGUACCAGAAUUAAUCAGUGCCAUACGCAAAUAGUUAAAACCAUUAAUUGUGAGUGUUGGUGUGCGUGUUUGAAAUUAAGCCCAGCGUCUCGUGGUCAUUAAUCAGCGUUUAGCACAUGCCUCCUUUUGCCCUGUGCCUGGUCUUUUGCCUAGGACACGACUGACUGCCGCCUGCCAGUUUCUCAGGAUGCCAGAUUGUAAGUGGAGUGGCACUGGCCUAAGUCGAAAUUGAUGAGCCCCCGUAAGGGGCAUUAUGAAAGCAUUAUUCGGAAUACAUAAGACGGGACUUUGAAAUACUCAAAGAAAUUCGAAAUUAAUAGUGCACACACACACUCAAAACACAACAACACAACACACACAGUGCCCCAUACAUGGCAGUCAAAAUGCUGCCCAGUAACAGUUCCGGUCUCCUGGCAACCGAUCUGCAACUGUUUCACAAUGAGAAAUUCCUUUUGAAUCUGACCCAAGUGCUGAACAUCUCAGCGGAUAACCUGACCAGCUUGCUGCAGGGUCUGGAAACGGAGGAACUGCUACCCACUGUGACCCCGAUGACCCCACUUUCUCUGCUGGCCACCCUCAGCGUGGGCUAUGCCCUCAUCUUUAUCGCCGGUGUUCUAGGCAACCUCAUCACCUGCAUCGUCAUUUCGCGGAACAACUUCAUGCACACGGCCACCAACUUCUACCUUUUUAACUUGGCCAUAUCGGAUAUGAUCUUGUUAUGCUCAGGAAUGCCCCAGGACUUGUACAAUCUCUGGCAUCCGGACAAUUAUCCCUUCAGCGACAGCAUUUGCAUAUUGGAGAGUGUUCUCUCGGAAACGGCUGCCAAUGCGACUGUCCUGACUAUCACAGCUUUUACCGUGGAACGAUAUAUUGCCAUUUGUCAUCCGUUCAGGCAGCACACGAUGUCCAAGUUGUCACGGGCCGUAAAGUUCAUAUUUGCCAUCUGGAUAGCCGCCCUUCUACUGGCCCUGCCACAAGCCAUCCAGUUCUCCGUGGUGAUGCAGGGCAUGGGAUCAUCGUGUACGAUGAAAAACGACUUUUUUGCCCAUGUGUUUGCUGUGUCGGGCUUCCUGUUCUUCGGCGGACCCAUGACGGCCAUCUGCGUGCUCUACGUCCUUAUAGGGGUGAAGCUGAAGAGGAGUCGACUCCUGCAGGCACUUCCCAGGCGAUGUUACGAUGUGAACCGUGGGAUAAGCGCUCAAACUCGGGUCAUCCGGAUGCUGGUGGCUGUGGCCGUGGCAUUCUUCAUCUGCUGGGCUCCCUUUCACGCCCAGCGCCUGAUGGCGGUCUAUGGCUCCUCCUCGGGCAUUGAGUCCCAAUGGUUCAACGACGUGUUCAGCAUCCUUGACUACACGUCCGGCGUUCUCUAUUUCCUUUCAACGUGUAUAAACCCGCUGCUCUACAACAUCAUGAGCCACAAGUUUCGUGAGGCAUUCAAGGUAACCUUGGCUAGACACUUUGGUUUGGGUGGCAAGAAUCAGGGAAGAGGGCUGCCCCACACCUACAGUGCUCUGAGACGUAAUCAGACGGGUUCGUUGCGGUUGCAUACGACGGACAGCGUUAGGACCACCAUGACUUCCACGGCUACGACCACCACCGGACUAAAUGGCUGUGCCAAUGGCAAUGGGACGACUGCAGGUCAGUCGGUGCGAUUGAACCGUGUAUCCUUGGACAGCUCACAGAUGCAGGGUCAGAAUAGAAGCCGGGUGGACCACUUCGAUAACCCGCGACGCACGCUCCAGACGCAAAUAUCUCAGCUGUCAUCAGUGGGCGAUGCCCAUUCCCUUCUAGAGGAGGAUUUGCAAUUUCCCGGAGAGCCAUUGCAGCGACAACCGACCAUGUGCUCCAUUGAUGAGCUCACCGAUGACUUGGCCAUCUCGCGGUCACGCCUCAAACUGACGCGCAUCACCCGCCCACUGGGCGUGGGUAGUGUUGCGGUGGGCGUGUCAGGGGGCAGUGCAGGGACGGGGGGCGUGAGCAAUGACGAGUCGAGUGGCAAAGUGCGCAAGGCGAAAGUGAAAACACUGAAGAGCUCAAGCGCUCUCAAGGGUCUCAGGGCCAAAUUCAAUUGGCGUGCCAGACGCAAAGGCAGCCACAAACCGCAAGGCAAAGGGGCGACGGGGGCUAACGACGAUUCAGGCGAGCGGUCUGCCUUUUAAGGGGGGUUUAAGGGGGGAGUCCCGGAGUCCAUUCCAGUGCCACCUACAGACAUUACA